GGUGACGCCCCUCAGAAACGGAGAGAAAGUAUUUACCGCUGCCUUCACUGCUGGACCCUGCACACAACCUCAGACCCGUCAUUAAUAACGCGGUGGGAACAAACUAACCGUAUUAAACUUCAACUCUACUUAAAGUGUAAUAUUUGUCUCGUUUGGACGUGUUUCCUGCGGCGCAAGGACACCUUACAUUGGGAACAAGGUGUGUAACUUCUUCCUGUGCCUCCAGAGUGCCCCCUCCGCCUUCCUUGCCACCUUUUGACUCCGCCUCUUCCGUGAUGUCAUCUCAGGCCACGCCCACCCAGGUGCUCCGACCUACGACCCCCCCGCUGCCCUCUCCAGGGUCCCCAGAGUCUCUUCACCCUCCCCCCUGCAGACAGAGAGACCGCUCUCCGUCCCCCAUGAGAGGAUACCUCAUCCCCAGCCCUCUGCCCACCCGCAGGAACAGGACCUGCUCAGCGACGGCCCGGGCGUUAGAGGGUCCGACCUUCACCGGCGUCUGUAAAUGUUUUUCCCGCUCUAAAGGUCACGGCUUCAUCACGCCCUCCGACGGCAGCAACGACAUCUUCGUCCACAUCUCAGACAUUGAGGGGGAGUACGUGCCGGUGGAGGGCGACGAGGUGAGCUACAAGAUCUGCUCCAUCCCCCCCAAACACGAGAAGAUCCAGGCGGUGGAGGUCGCCAUCACCCACCUGAACCCAGGAACCAAACACGAGACCUGGGGGGGGGCGGGUCGUCAGCAGCUGAGGGCGGGGGGAGGUAUUCAAUAUAAAGAGUGGUGCAGGGAAGAGGUAUUUCUCUAGUGGUCCCUAAAGGCAGCAUCUCCCUGGUCCAAUGGGUUCUGGGUACAAACUCACACUCAGACAAACCAUUGACCUCCAGACCAGGGGACAGGAAGCGAUAAAAUGCUGACUCAUGACAGGGUUUCACGACUCAUUCCUGCACCACUCUAUUAGGAUGGAUGGAUGGGAUUUUUGUAUAGGAUUAUAAAGUUUAUUAGCAGGGUUAAAUCCGAGGGAAUGUUGAGUUUACUUACAUUGAAGAAAAAAACGUGGGAAAUUAGAUGCUUAGAAAAUGUGUGGACCGAAAAACGAUCACAGUAAAGAGAUGUUAUCAUGGAAAGAGUUUGAGUUUAAGUGCUUGGAUUGUUAGUGUUGACGUUGCCUUAAUGCCUGUUUUGGAUGAUGAAUUCCAGCUGGAUUAUUGACUGUUUUAUGAUCUUUACAUCCCUGAAGACCUGUUCAGUUCAACACUCGAUAACAAAGCUGGAGAGUUGAUUUGCAGAGUUUAAAGAUGAGAGAUGCUGCAUGACUCCAUGGUUCAGCACUACAGCCUUAUUGUACUUCUAAACCUUCUGUAUUUGAUCAUGUGUGGGUGAAUUAAAGCAUUUUCAACCAGU